AUGCCAGAUGAAGUGGCUUAUCGAGUUGCCGAUAAAGUAUUCGAUUUGACCAAAUUCAAUGAUGUUUGCAUUGAUAUCGGAUGUGGCGCUGGCCAUAUUGCUGCGAAUUUGAUAAAGGAAAAUGUUGGUGUAAUUUUGCAAUGCGAUAUGAGCGCCGAAUUGGUGCAACGAAGUUCCGGUGCAGCUGAUCCUGAAGUGCCUGUGAUGCGUGUGAUAGCUGAUGAAUCCAUGGCGCCGUUUUCAAGAUGUUUAUCGAUUUUGCGCCCGGAUUGCCCAUUGAUCGGCGCCAUGUUGGCCAACGAAACAGUACAUGAGCUUCGAAUUGCUCUUCAGUUAGCUGAAACAGAAAGAUUGGGUGGGAUUGGUCUGCACAUUUCGCCGUUUGUUAGAGCCGAUGAUAUCGGAACGCUGAUGCAUCGCGCUGGCUUCGGAAUGAUCACACUGGAUACCGACGAAGUCGUGGUGGCAUAUCCGCAUAUUUUUGCGCUCCUCUAUGAUCUUCAAUGCAUGGGUGAAUCAAAUGCGGUACGGAAUCGUUCGUUGCAUAUUAGAAGGGAUGUUCUGAUUGCAGCUGAUGCUAUAUACAGGUCAAUGUUCGCUCGUGAUGAUGCUCCUUGCCCUGCCAGCUUCCAGCUUGUUUCAUUUAUCGGUUGGCGCCCUGGACCACUGAUGCCAAAACCAGCAAAGCGCGGAUCACAGCAGAUGUCCUUCAAAGAUAUAGAUAAAAUUAUCGAGGGCAAAAUACCGCUUCCAACGAAACAAAAUCCGAAAUAA